AUGUUAUAUUUGCAAUUCCAGCUUCUAAUCGAUGCGCUCAAAGCUUUUUUGAACGUUUUCUCAGCAGAUGAGGCACCGAAACGAGAGGGACCACUACACUCGGCUACGUUCAGCAUAAAGUUGGCUCGUGUCACACCAGUUGAUCUCACCCCUCCACCUCACUUGUUCGGAUUUUCCGAUGGACUUUCGUCGAAUGUGAAUCGGUUGAAGAUCACUUCACCUGAACGAGUUUUAGAAGCAUUGAGUGCGAUUUGUCCAUUUCUGGUUGCGUUGAUCACCGACGAAAAACGACAAUACAUCAACGAUGCGUUGGAAAUAACUUCGAAAUUGACGAAUGUUAGUUGUGUUCUAAUUCGUUUUUUGUUCGCGAUUGAAGAAUUGAUAGAGAAUUUGAAUUCGAGUUGGUUUUUGGAAGAGGAUCUAUUGAAAAUGAAAAAAAAGAAUCUGAAGCGAUUUGCAUCAACGGUAAUCCGAGUUCGUCGAGGAACGCUUCCAUCAGAUUUCGAGUCGUCACUGCGUAAAAUUGUUGAUCCGUUACUCGUACUCGCCAGAAAGGAUAACAUCCCGUCGAAACUGACGCAUCACAUUCAAUUGCUGACAACAUCGACGCAAACCCAACAUUGA